UAUUUGAUAUAUAAAUAGAGAGAUUCCCAAAAAUAAGCAACAAUAUUUGUUUGUCACGGAACUUCCCCCAGAAAAUCAGCAGAGAAAAAGAUAUCGAGAAUAUGGAGACGACGAAGGAGCAUCAUCUCGGCGUUAGUGGACAGGACUACAUUGUCGACCUUCUUCCGAACGAUGACGAUGACCGCUCGUCUCCACCGUCUUCGUGGCGUCUCAGCCUCGACACGUUCCGCCUCCCUUCUUCUUCUCCCCUGUCCUCUCGCCGUACUCGCUUGUCCCGUUAUCUCCGGACUCCAAAAAAGGAACGUAAAGUUUCUGAGUACUACAAGAAGCAAGAGAAGCUGCUUGAGGGUUUCAAUGAAAUGGAAACAAUCAACGAAACUGGUUUUGUCUCUGGAGCUCCAUCUGAGGAAGAGCUGAAGAAGCUAGCCAAGAGCGAGAGGCUUGCAGUAAACAUCUCAAACGCAGCAAACCUUGUGCUUUUUGUAGCCAAAGUUUAUGCUUCUGUUGAGAGUAGAUCUAUGGCUGUGAUUGCUUCAACUUUGGACUCUCUCUUGGAUCUCUUGUCUGGAUUCAUUCUAUGGUUCACUGCAAACGCCAUGAGCAAACCAAACCAUUUUCACUAUCCAAUCGGAAAACGAAGGAUGCAACCUGUGGGGAUCAUUGUGUUUGCCUCUGUCAUGGCAACUCUUGGGCUACAAGUGUUGCUAGAGUCAACUAGACUACUAGUUUCCAAGAAUGGUCCCCAUAUGAGCAGCACCGAGGAGAAAUGGAUGAUUGGAAUCAUGGCUUCUGCUACAGUCAUCAAGUUUCUCCUCAUGCUUUACUGCAGAAGUUUUCAAAACGAAAUUGUCAGAGCCUAUGCACAAGACCACCUCUUUGAUGUCGUCACCAACUCGGUCGGUUUAGCAACAGCUGUCUUGGCUGUAAAAUUCUACUGGUGGAUUGAUCCCUCUGGUGCUAUUCUCAUUGCUUUGUAUACAAUCAGCACAUGGGCAAGAACGGUACUAGAGAAUGUUCAUUCGCUUAUUGGACGCUCUGCACCGCCUGAUUUCUUGGCGAAACUAACGUUCUUGAUAUGGAACCAUCACGAGAAGAUCAAACACAUUGAUACAGUGAGAGCCUACACGUUUGGGUCACACUACUUUGUUGAAGUUGAUAUUGUUUUGCCAGAGGACAUGAGGCUGCACGAAGCUCACAACAUCGGAGAGACUCUUCAGGAGAAGCUCGAGCAACUCUCUGAGGUCGAGAGGGCUUUUGUCCAUAUUGACUUUGAGUUCACUCAUCGUCCCGAACACAAGUACAAGUAAAUCAUAGAAUAAAUCCAGACAAGAGAUCCAAGAGAGAGUCCAAAGUUGAAGCAAUCACAGCCAUAGAUCUACUCUUCACUGAAGCAUAAACCUUUGCUACAAAAAGCACAAGGUUCGCUGCGUUUGAGAUGUGUACUGCAAGCCUCUCGCCCUUUGCAAGCUUCUUCAGCUCUUCCUGUUAAAAUCAAUUAACAAAAAUGCUCCAGACACAAAACCAGUUUCAUUGAUAGUCUCCACCAUCUCAUUGAAACCCUGAAGCAGCUUCUCUUGCUUCUUGUAGUACUCAGAAACUUGUAUUUGUGUUGGGUAUGUGGACAGGGUAGUGUUGGUUUAUAUGGAUAUUAUUGUCAAUA